GGAAGGUUGGGCGCGAGAGUUACUUAUGUUAGAUCCCAGAUUCUGGUGACGGAUUCUGCGAGGCGGGUGGAUGCAGAUAUAACUCACUCUCCAUGCACGAAGACGCUUUUUGUGUUGGUGAAACCUUGAAAGGACCUUGCUGUGGCCUUUUUUUACUUCGUCUCUCGCUGUCCCUCCCUCCCCCGAUCUUUCUCUCGAUCUGUGUCUCUUCUCCCUCCCUCCUCUUUCUUUCCUUCCUUCCUCCCCUCUGGCUUUGGUCGCCGCCGCUGGGGUCCUCAUUAUAUGUGCGGUUUGCUUCUUUUGUCGGCACUUGGACACUCCUCUUGUCUUGCAUCUUAGUUUGUUUGUUUGUUAGUUUGUUCCGUUAUUUUAUUUAUUUUUUUAAUAAUUUUUAUUUAUUUAGUUUUUCCCGCAACCCAAAAGUAGUGCCGUCGCCAGCGCAGCCCUUUUUAUUCGUCCCGGGCUGCUCCGGCCUUUGAACCUGCUUUCUCGCCUGUCCUCAGCUUAUUGUUGGGUGCUCGAAUUGCAGGCGUUUGAAUGCACUGCUGCAGGGAGACGACGGAUGGUGUUGCGCAUGCAAUCUGGGAGCUCAUCUGUGAACAUCCUUAACAAGUGAACAUGGGUUGUGUAGGAUCGAAGGCAGUCAAAGGCGUAGAUAGAAAUCAAAAGAGGAUCAAGAGACCAAAGCCGUGGAAACAUACUGAACCCAUCACUCGUACACAACUGAAGCAGAUGAGGGACGAGUUUUGGGACACGGCUCCUCACUACGGUGGAAAGAAAGAAAUUUGGGAUGCUCUCAAAGCAGCAGUAGAAGCCGAUGUUAAUCUGGCGCAAGUUAUUGUUGAUAGUGCCGGUAUCAUUGUCCAGUCCGAAGAUUUGUCUAUUUGUUAUGAUGAAAGAGGUGCAAAGUAUGAUUUACCCAAGUAUGUGUUAAGCGAGCCAACAAAUAUCAAAGAGAACUAGCAUACUUUUCAUAUUUUUCUGGUACAUCUUGAACAGCAGCUGAUGAACCGUCUGUACGAGCAGCGAUAAGAUGAAUAGGCAGGAUGCUAUUCAUGUGCGAUUACGAGUGUCAGACUUCAAUGGCUGUUCAAUUGUGUGAUUGGAGGCUAUUUUUGUGUCGUAUCGUGUUUAGAGCGAGCAUGAUGUGGUUAAAGCAUACCAUAUUGCAUAGUCAUCAUUCAUUGCAUUAUUUUAAUUCACUGUUUCGAUACCGUACAACAUCGUUGCCAUUAGCGGUUGUACAAAGUUAUACAUAUGUAUAGGGCGAUCCAAGUGAAAGUAAGUACACCCAAAUAUGAUAUAAUGCCACUUCAUCGCUAACUGGAUAUAGUAGAGACAUCUGCAGGGUGUUAAGUGAAUGUUAUCAACAAAUUAAAAUAAAGAAAUUUCUUUUGCA